GUGGGCCUGCAGUUGCAGCUUGCCGAGAAGAUCACCGGAUGCGACGGCGUGCAAAGGCGCUUCGCGAGCUGAACGAGUCUGUGGCAGCGGCAGUCCCCAAGAAGAAGGCCAAAGCUCCCAAGAUGGACUUGACAGCUGAGAUGAUCACACGCUCAAAGAAGAGCAACCGGCUGGUGAGUGCUGCUUUCGGAGAUAUCCUCGACCUAGAUCGCCGCAAGUUCCCUGAGAAGCCCCUGGAGCACACCGGCACGGGAGUGAUCCAGGUGAAGCAGCCGCACAUCAGUUUCACUCGCCAGCUCGCGCUGGCGCGAGUUCCACACAUGCUUUCUGUGAGUUUCCGUGAGAUUCGGAACCCACUGCAAUCUGGUGUGAAAGUAGUCGAGUGGUUGCGUGCGCUGCGCCGGGAAUUGGAGGAGGAGCCGCCCGUGCGGCGCGCACUCGUAGACGCGCGCGCACAAUUAAGGGACUUCAACCCCGUUCAACACAUCAAGUUGGUGGACGACGGUGAAGACUCGGAGGGUUCGCAGCAAGCCUAA